AUGGCUUCCACCAAGGGUCUUUGGCUGGCAAUUUUGGUUGCGAGCACAGCAAACGCGGCCAAGUGGACUAUCACAAGAGUCUACAUCCAGACCGUCACGCGAUCCACAUACACGAAUAGGUAUGCUGACAGAACUGUGGCCAUUACCACAUCGAACACUCACUAUACUCCCGUCACCAUGAAACCCUCCAUUACUGUUAUCGCCACACCAAUCAAGGCCUACACGACGACAAGCAGCAGUUCCUACUACGACGGCCAUACCUACGCCAUUGGCGAUAGCUCAGAUGACGUGGUGUAUGUCCAGCGGUUUUACUCGCCGGGAGCAAUCCCCGCUUCGGAUCUAACAAGUUCUACGCGUGACUAUAACCAGACGGAUUUUACGAGCACCGAUUUCUUCCAGACCAUGGAGCUUACGGCACCCUCGAGUUGCCCGACACCCUUUACAGUCACAACUAGCGACCAGGCUUUGAUACCUGAGGAAGUGAUUGACCAGGUCUCCAUCAAGUCGGCAACUACGAUCAGCACUACAAUUGAGUACGAUGGCACUGCAUAUACCUACACCUUGGUCUCUGCAUUCUUGGCAAGCACUUCUCGUCCCACUGGUGCCGCUGCGACUGUUGGUUACAUAUACAGGGCCUACAUUAAGGACUGCAGAAAUCCAACCUCAACUCCCAGACCGACAAGCGACGGCAAGGGCGGGCCCAGCAAUGGUGACGAUAGUGGUAACAACAUCAACCAGGUUCGUCAUAUACCGAGGAGCUGUGCUUGGAGCAAUUGUGGCAAUACCCCGUACUGGGGGGUAAUCAUCCUCACUGUCCUGCCUGCUGUUUUUCUCCUUGGGUUCUUGGAAUCUUACCAUUGGUUUACCUGCCUCAUGUCCGGCGAGGGGGCGCUCCGAGGCGGCACAAUAUCGUGGAUCUUGCUGUUUCUCCCGUCCAUCUUUCUGACCAGAUAUAUCCCAGCCCGGAAUGAGGAAGACCAGGAGCGACUGCGCUUGCGCUAUCGAUAUCCCAUGGAGUUGCUGGGCGUCCAUGCAAAGUAUACAUAUGGAAAUCCCGCACAAGACGAAAAACUGGUCCAAGAUGGGUAUGGCGAGAGUGGUGACAGACCUCAGAUUCCCGCAACAUACAUGAACCAGCAUGCAGCGGGACAGAUGCCAAUGGCACCACCGCAAAGCCAGUCCCCGACUCCUCAGCUACCGCCACGAGCACGAUUCGCGGGCCGCAAUAGUAGAUCUGUCAGCUCAGACUCGGUACUGCCGCCUGUGCCAGAAGAGGCAGGGCCAUCAUCCGCCAAAGCCAAGGGAAAAGAGGUGGAAACGGAAGCAGGGACAUCGGACGUUCAAGCCGGCCCAGCGCCCAAGAUUGAGGAUGACAUGAAUGGACGCUCGACAGAGUCGGGAACACACCAAAAUGACCCCAAGGACAAGGACAACACCUGA